CCGGCCUUCGCCGCCACGCUCAACGCUGUCAUGUAUUCCCCUUCUUCACUCGCCACGCCAAGUCCACAUCUCAAAUCGAUCUUCAUAUCCCCUUCUCCGGACGCGAAAUCGAUCUUCAUAUGCCCUUCUCCGGACGCGAAAUCGAUCUGCAUAUCCCCUUCUCCGCUCGGCAAACAAAUCUGAUUUGAUUUUGCUUACUUUGUUGGACACGGACGCCAAAUCGAUCUGCGAAGUCUUCCUUCUCCGCUCGGCAAACAAAUCUGCUAGCAAGUCUGAUUUGAUGCCGCUUUCCUUGCCGAUCGAACUACUUCGUUGGAGGAAUUGCAGAGUCCGAGGUUCGGCGGCUCUGUUAGGCACGAAGAGGAAUCGCUGGUGUUUUUUUUUAUAUAUAUAGGAGAAGCAAGGACUAACAGGAUCAGAUACAUCAAUCACAGGGCCUGUCAAAAAUAAAGACGUAGAGGAAAGAUUAUAAGGAAAAGCAUGCCCAAGCGCCCAGCCCGUGGCGGCGUCGGCGAACGUGCAGCCAAGCGUCCUCGUCAGCGGCGCCUCUACCUUGUCACUGAAGAUUGGAAAGAGGGAUACAGCAUCUACGAGGUAGACUUGACGGACGACCAUGGUGCCACCGACGCCGACUUCGAUUCAGAUGAGCAGGAGCCGCGGCGCCUACCGUCGCCGGUCCUCCGCCUAGAGGCGCCACACAACGGGCCUUGGCACUUCGCGGCGGCCUUUGGCACCAAGAUCAUGGCCCUGCACCUGACGCCCUGGCGCUACACCCCGGUCUUUGACGUCCAGACUCGGUGCCUGACCUUCGGCCCUCCGACAGAGAUAACUACCAUCCCGAUCCAUGUGCCCGUCGGCGACAGUCUCUUCAAGCUGGGUUUUCGUAAGUUCCACGUGCUCCGCCCUGCUCCGCCACGAUCUGAAGUGCUCUGGUGCAAAGUGCCCGAGGAGUGGUCCUGGCACUGCCUCACGCCGCCACCCUUCGGGGAUCACCGUGUCACCUCCCACGCUGUGCACCCCGACGGACGGACUCUCUUUGUCACUGUCAAGGUCAAAGGGCGUGACAUCGGCCACACCUUCACCUGCGACACGGGGGUGGACACCGAUGACCCCGAGUGGACGGCACACCGCGAGUGGGAGCUGCCGUUCAAAGGCCACGGUCACUACGAUCAUAGGCUGGAUGCCUGGGUCGGGCUCACCGAUGACCCGGCAACCGUCGGCCACAUCUGUUGCUGCCGAGUGCCGUCCCUCGACGACGCCCGCUGGCCGGCCCCGGCGUGGAAGCUCAGCAGGGAGAAGCUCUUCUGCCGCGACCCUACCGAGAUGCAUACCGGCGCAUCCCUCGUCUACUUAGGGACGGGGCACAAGAGUCGCUUCUGCCUCGUGGAGUGCCUCUCGCGAGGCUCGCGCCAUCAGCUUCGAUUGACAACAUUCUCCCCCAGGUACCACAAGAAUGGUGACCUCGGGAUCAGCAAGCGCCGUUGGGUUCGAUCCUUUAAAUUGCCCAAGACGCGGGGUAAAGACAGUGGAUUCUUGAAGAAUCCAGUCGCAUUCUGGUUGUAAGCGUCCUUCCUUGGUCAUUGCAUUUUGGUUGUAAGAACAAGUAUAAUAAGAUGAUGUAAGCAGCAUUUUGGUUGGUCAUUGCAUUCAAAUAAUGUAUUUUUUUUCUGAGUUAGAAGACAAUAGACAAGAGAAGGGGACUAUGAGUUAAGAUCA